AUGGCCCCUCGUAUACGUCUGCCUAUCCCAAUAUUGACCCUUUUCACGGGUGGUAAAGAAUGUUCGUUGUGUGAGGUGGCCAAGCAAGAUCUCGAGAGGUUACGUCGAUCGACACCAUUCGAGUUGAAUUUAUGGAAUAUACGAGAUCCACCUAAAGGGACUGACGAGAGGGAAGCUAAAAAGUGGAGAAGAUUGUAUCAAUACGAUAUCCCCGUACUGCACCUUGACGAUAGACGAAUUGCAAAACAUCGGAAGCGGGCAGGGGCAGGGGGAGGCGGAGAAGAGUCAAUAAAAGCUGGGGCGGAAGACGAUGGAGGAGGAGGGAGAACGAGAUUCAAAGCGUAUAAGAGCGUUUUGAGCUGCUUUGAUACAUCUCAGGAUGCAGACGAUCUUCUUGCGAAUGAAGAUGAGUCAGGGAAUGAAGUGGAAAGCGAAAUACCACCUUGGCGAAGAUAUAUCGGUCGAGUUUUCCUUCAGUUCCCUUCGCCGAUAGGUGAAUAUACCCCCGAGGACGAACGGGAUAUAUAUUCUAGGAUACUAUCUAGGACGUUCUCGGGGUUUAGUGAUAUCCCUAUCGGAAGUGAUGUAGAGGUUAUCGAUCUAUCCAAGUCCACAACGAAUGAAGCUAGGUCGAUAGAUGAAAUGAGCUUUGAGAUCGAUUUAAAUCCAUCUAGAGGGCUUGUGGAGCUGGAUGAGGAGCAAGGUGGGGAUGUACUGUACGAUGAACCUAUACGAGAAGCGGUAGAAGUAAAUCAAGGUAGAUCAAACAAUCAAGAAUGCUGGAACUGUCUAUCGACUGGACAUGCCUACUUGUCAUGUCCUCAUCCCAAGAAUCACAUGAUGAUCAGACAUUCUCGAGAUGUCUUUCUGUACAAGAGAGAUUACGCUAUGCCGGAAUACGUACAACCUGCCUUAGAUAUGUAUUUCAGCAUGAAAGUCACCGAGGAAGAGAGAUUGAGGAGAUUAGAACUACUCGAUCAAUUUGGACUCCCAACAGGGACAUUAUCAGAAGUUCUACAAGGUGCUAUAUGCUUCAUACCUCCGGAUGACGAUAUCUAUGGAGAUGUACAGGGGGAAGAAGGGUACUUGAUUAGAGAGAAGAUGGAAGUGAAAAGGAGAAGAAAAAGAUGGGAUUGGUAUGACGGUAUGAUGAGAUGGGGCUAUCCACCUGGCUGGAUAGCUACUAAAGAUCCCAUACAAGAAACUACACGGCGUAUAGAGUCACUUGAGAUACAUGAAAAGGCUUUUGAAUAUAACGUGGAAGAAGAUGAUGAUGAUCAACUGGAGAUAUACGGUGGGGAUCUCGGUACAUCACCACCAAAUCCUUCGCUUGACGACGAGGAAGCUUCAUCAGAAAAUACAUCGGAAUCAUCCUCUUCUGGAUCCACUCGUAAGGAUAACGACGAAGAUGAUAUGGACGAUAUGGACGUUGAUGACCAUGAAUAUAAUUCAGAUUCUGUUCCUAUAAGACUGGUCAACGUCAAAAAAUUAUCAAUCGACGGUGUUGGACCACCGUCACCUGUCUCUCAUCCUAUCAAACAACCUUCUUCCUCACCGAGACCUCCUACUCCACCAUAUCCACCUUCCCCAACGGACGAUCGACCACCCACACCUCCAUUCCCACCUCCCCCAUUGCCUGAUAUCCCACUUCCCCCACCACCGGAUGAUAUCCCUUCUCCUCCUCCCGCUCCGCCUGCACCACCUUCACCUAGUUCUCAUCCUAAUCCAUAUCUUCGACAACACUAUGCACUUCAAUUGCAGCGGAAAGAUUUCGCUUCUCCGCCAACUGCACCUCGAAAUCACAAUUCUCACACUUACACUCCCAAUCAAUCCAGAAGACUUGACGAUCAUUCACCCCAUGUAGGUACACAAUACCAAACACCGAUAUCUCAACCUCGUUCAGGUACCGAUGCAGUCUCACAUAUCCCGCGUACACCUAUUUCCAAUAGUAGCUUACCAUCCAUGCCUAAAGCCAUGAGAUCGAUACCACCGCCCAAAAGAUGGGUGAAAUACCAUACCGACCUAUUUGACUCGGAAAGGUUGAUACCGUAUUUCGAAGGUAGACCUUUCCCUAUUGGGCGUUAUUGA